AUGGACACUCUCGAGGCGAUCCGGGCUUCGAAUCGACGGUUAGAUUCGGCCCUACCUGCUAGACUCAUAGCCGUCUUCGUUGGUGUAACAAGCCGCAUUGGCGAGGCAUCGAUGAAGCAGCUAGCGAAGCAUGCCAAUGCAGCUUGGGCACCCGCAUCUUUUUGUGAGAAGCGUGGACAAACCGUGUCAGGAGAUCAGAUUAAAGAGAUAUCCAUCAACUUAACGCUCUUACGCGUUGGCACUCAUCACUGGCACAGGGACCAAGGAGGGCCUUCAUUACUUCGCAGCAUCGACAUACUACUCCCGGCUUCACCCCGUCGUGAAUCCCGAGACCUCUUGCCUAAAGGGCACCUGUGCUUUAACCGGCUCAUGACCAUGUUCGCCGGGGGCAAGGAACGUUCCAACUCACAGACGACCUUCCCAGUUGGAAGGUUUCCGGCCAAGGGACUAUCCUAA